CAAAAAGCUAUCCAACUUCCGACCGUUGUCCGUUGAGACUUGAGAUCCCUCUUUCGCCCCCCGCUCAAAGUUGCAAAGCUCUGCAAAUAGUACAGCAAAGAUUUAUCAGUGAACACUAGAAAAAGUUCCAAUCUUUCUUCUAAUUGUCUUCAACGCUGAUCGUCAGAGCUCUCAAAUGGGUGGCGCCAAACGUCCCAAGCCCAGUUCGGAUCCAGCGAAAUGGGAGGCGUUUUAUGCGCCGCUGGUGAAAUUGCUAAAGAAUCAACAGGGCCAGCUCGAAACUCUGCUCAGCGAGAGGAAAUUCCUCGAAAAAUGGAUAAAGAAGCAGCACGAAUCAUGGACUGCCAAUCAGCGAGCCUACGAAACUCAUAUCUCCGAGCUGAAGUCAUGCCUGGAAGAGAAAGAGAUGGAGUUGUUGAUGGUGGCUGCCAAAUCUGAGUUGAUGGUGGGAUUGAAGCACAGAGAAAGCAUGGUUCGUAAACUGAAGUUAGAGGAAACAGAAGAUGAAUUGGCAGAUUUCAGGGCCUUGUUUGACCUCCUCACUGCUAGCCCGAAAAAGAUCGAGGAACCAGAUCAAGGCACUGGAUCAAGGAGGCGAACGAGGUCUUCCACCUCUAAGAUAGCAGCACCAGACACUGAAUCUAAAAGGCUCAAGCUCAAGUAUGAGAAUCUUAUUUCUGAGAAGAAUGCUGAGAUCGCCAUGCUCUUGAAGGAGAAAACCUUCAUAUGGAACCAAUUCAACAUGUUGGAAAGCAAGCUGACCAAAAAGCUGAAGAAGAAGCAAGCAGAAGUUGAUCAAGCUAACGAUAAGUUUUCCCAAGUUCACACCACGGUUGAGCAGCUCCGAUCUUCCAACAUUGAGAAGGAUGUGACCAUCGCAAAGCUCCAAUCUUCCAACACCGAGAAGGAUGAGGUCAUCGAGAAGCUGGAAGCUCGAGCGUCCGAGUUAUCCCAAGAGUUGGAAGAUUUGAAGAAGAAGUCUCAAGCUGUUGUUACUCCUGUUUUGAGAAGCUGCAAGGGGAUGGCUGUUAAAACUGUAAAGAAAGAGUCAGCUGCUGAGAAUGUGAGACCGAAUGGGAAGGGUAGUAGAAGGUCAAAGAGAAAGGGAGAUGGUGAUGAUGCUGUUAUCAUCAUGGAAUCGCCACCGAAACUGUUCACUUCUUCCUUCAGAGUCCCUAAGCUGAAGAACUCCUCGGCUCCUGUUUAAUGUCCUUGAAGAGAAGUCUUUCCAAUGGCUUUUUUGAGAGUCGGCUUAAACCUCUUUGAGCUGCAGCUGUGUAACCUGUUAAUAUAUGUGUAGAUAAUUUAGUGAAGACCUAGGCUUUAGCUUGUACCGAGUAGUGAAAUUCCUAACCAAGUGUACUGAUUCUGUUACUGCGUGUGACAUCAAUAUUUUGUGGAAAUGAGACAUGCUCUUGUUAUUGUCCAAAUUGGCACAGCUUUUUCCAAAGC